GGCAAGUCUUGUGAGGUAGGUCGCACCGGUUGAAAAGUGGUUGUAACGACAGGGCAUAAAUUAAUCGAGAUAUUGAAAGCCUCCUAACUGGAGCGACACGAGAUAACGGUCCUUGGAAGUAGCAAACGUGAAAUCAGUGCGGAGAGUGCGAGCGUUUGGAGCGGGCCGGAAAAUACUUUCGUGCGAUUCAUUCGUGGCAACGGAAAUCGCGAAAAUACGCCGGCCGCACGAGACCGAUGACGCAAUCUGUAAACAACCCUUAAAAACGAUUGUACUGAAAAAUGGACUAAAUCGACGACGAGAAAUAAAUAAAAUUACACAAAUUGGAAUUUUCCUUAAAAUCUAAGUUAAAAAUAAUUUGAAUAAAGCCUCAAAACGUUUUUCUGCAUUUUUUCGACCCCCCCCCCCCCCCCGAAAGCAGGCGAUACCCCGGAUCACAAAAUUUCGAAAAAUGAGAUAAAAGUCGUGAGAUAGGGGGAUGCUGGGGCUCCUUAACGUCGUGUUGUGCGUCACUACGCCUCGGGACAAAAAAAAAUUGCACCGCCUAACAAUCGAUGUUCCGGAGACUGAAUUUUUGCACUUCGACCCUGACGUUAUUCCGUCAGCAUAAACGACGGUGAAUAGUAAGAAAAAAUCAUGAUUUUUCACCGACAUUCCAAACGUUCGUGUCACAGGAGUUCAAAAACCGUAUUUCAAGUUUGAAAAAUCUGAUUGCUCCACGUGAGCAAAACACGGGACUCGAGAGAAUACAAACGUGACUAUUGAUUUUGCGCUCAGCAUCCCUGUUACGUGCAAACACACCGUGAAACUACCCUCGCACACUGCCUUAACAGGCCUCGUACGCGAGGCGGACGAACACAGACAAACCACCUGUGUGUGCGACCUUCGAACACGUACGGAUUCCUUCGUUCCUAAAAGAAACACACACGGGUCCAGCCCUCGUGGAAACUAAUCCGCCGUUCUUAAAAUCGUGCUCCAUCACUCGCCUCAUUUUUUAUAUUCGCUUCAAAUAUUUGUUUCCAAUUUGUUUCCAAACACGAUUAGAAGCGGUAGAAAAAUUAAUCAACGUUUUCAGAAUUUUUGUAUCUCAAUUUCGUUUCAGCGUCAAGAUGAAAACCUUUUUCAACUUCUUCAUUCGUCAUAUUCGCUCCAGAAGUUUAUUGCUUUCCUCCCUUUACGAUCUCCACCUUCAUUCACGCGUAGUCGUAAAUUCUUCUUUACUUUUUCUCCUCGAAUGAAACGCAGACAAUAAGACCCCUUCCCGGCUUUGCGACGACUCUCGCACAUCCCGAACUCCCCUCGCGCCGCCCUUCGGGAUGCUGCGCACCAGCGAGAGCCACACAAUCGUUUGAUAAAAGAUGACAGAGAAAAUAUAUUAUUGGGGGGAGGAAAGAGAGUCGGUUGAUCCCGAUCAAACAUUCAUUGAGUUCAAGGCGAAAUCGUCCAAGGUCGGGGAAUCGUCUCGCUCCUCCGUACAUAAAAGGAUCGUAACAAGUCCACCGGGCAAAGGGAACAAUGAAAUUGGAAAUCGCGAGGAGGACGACGAGCGAGGCGGGUGGGACAAUAAGCUCGAUUUUCUUUUCUCCUGCAUCAGCGUUUCCGUCGGCCUCGGGAAUGUUUGGCGAUUUCCUUAUCUCUGUUACAAAAAUGGCGGCGGCGCUUUUCUCGUCACCUACGGGAUCGCCAUGAUAUUCUGCGGCAUUCCAAUAUUCUUUCAAGAAGUUGCGAUCGGCCAGUAUCUCGGCGCGGGUGGGAUGACGUUGGUCGGCCAAUUGUGCCCCCUCCUGCAAGGUGUCGGAUACGCCACGAUGACGAUCGUCUUCUUCCUCGACGUAUAUUAUUGCAUAAUAAUCGCAUGGACCCUCUUCUACCUGAUCGCGACGUUCACAAGGUUGCCCGAGCUGCCCUGGAGCAAUUGUGGCAACUGGUGGAACACCGACAAUUGCUCCGACCUCGUGGCCCACCGGCCGGAAGUUCCCCCCUCGAACACCACCAGCCUCCUGGACGCCAAUAACGCUUCUAGUCGAAUGAACUUCACCGGAAAUGUUACUCUCCAUCACACGACCCCCGUCGAGGAAUUUUGGGAACGGAGAGUGCUGGGAAUGAGCGACGGGAUCGAGGAGAUCGGCGGCAUGCAAUGGGAGCUGCUGGGCUGCCUGACCCUCGGCUGGCUCCUGGUGUACCUCAUCAUCCGACGAGGUCUCCAUCAAAGUGGUAAGGUCAUCUGGUUUUCAGCUUUGUUCCCGUACGUCGUUCUUUUCAUACUUUUGGCAAGAGCCGUUACCUUGGAGGGGGCUCGGGACGGUCUCCUUUAUUACAUCACACCCAGAUGGGAAGAGCUACGAAAGCCUGGCCCUUGGAUCGACGGCGCGACUCAAAUAUUCUUCGCGUACAGCAUCGGUACCGGUGCACUUCCGGCUCUUGGAUCUUACAAUAAAUUUCAUCACAAUUGUUACAAGGACGCCCUCAUCACUUGCGUCGUUAACACGCUGACGUGCCUCCUCGCCGGGUGCGUGACUUUUUCCAUCCUGGGACACAUCGCCAUGGAACAAGCGACCGAGGUCUCCAACGUCGUCAAAAGUGGCCCGGGACUCGUUUUCAUCACUUACCCGGAAGUCGUCCUCAAACUACCGGGCGCCCCGAUCUGGGCGGCCAUUUUUUUCAUCAUGCUCAUUAUUCUGGGAAUCGACAGCGAGUUCUGCAUCGUUGAGUCCUUCAUAACUGGGGUCGUCGACAAUUGGCCGGAGACCCUCCGACCUCACCGCGCCAAAUUCACCAUCGCCAUUUGCUCUCUCAUGUUCUUACUGGGCAUUCCGAUGGUCACGCACGGCGGUGUUUACAUCUUUCAACUGAUGGAUUUCUACUCGGCGAGUAGAAUGUCGAUUCUGUGGGUGUGUUUUUUCCAGACGAUCGCAAUAUCGUGGAUCUUCGGAGCUCAAAAGUUCAGCGACUGCGUUCACCAAAUGAUGGGAAUUCGAAUGAACAAAUUUUGGCACAUUUGCCUGCUCGUGUUCGCUCCGGUUAUCAUGGCGUUCAUUUUCGUUUUUCAAUGCGUCCAAUACACGCCUCUGAAGUACGGAAGCAAUUACGAGUAUCCCACGUGGGCCGAAGUCCUCGGAUUUUUCUUCAGUUUUUCCUCCAUGAUUUGGAUUCCGGGCUACGCGAUUUACUACCUUUUGGCAACUCCUGGCACCGUCAAAGAGAACUUCGCUAAAGGGCUGAAACCGAACAUCAAGUCACGAGCAAAGCUACCCAAAGGGGACCGAACGGCCGUGAUUCCCAUGUCCGAGAGCAGUGCAGGCCUCAUUACAAAAAACAACAGUUUUCUCAGUCAAUCAUGAUUCGUCGAUACUCCACAAUCGUUAGGCUGUCAAUAAAACAAAAAUAACAAUAACGCGACAAACAAAUUAUCUUGAUGAAAUCGUUUUAGAAAAUAAGGAAAAACAGCUAAUUACGAAGGAACCCAGCAAGUGAUAUUUACUAUAAGUGUUAACCGAGUCAAAUCGACGAGCAGAACCAUCGCACGAUUUUCAUUUCAAAAUCGGUUUGCCUAGUGGACUCGACUCUGUCAACCCGAUUAAGGGGGGUGCUGCUUUAGAAAAUUAAAAAAUCGAUUGGUUUCGAGAAUUUUUUUAGAGUAGAAAUAACUCGGCAUAGCGAACUUUUCGGUAUAGUUUCAAGGAUAUUUCUAGAGUACAAAAACACUUUUUUCAUGUGAGGAAUACUAGUUUAAACAUGGUUUAUGCACAAAGUCUGAUUAUCGAAGUUUAUUAGCUGCCGACAAUGUGGAGAUGGUAAAAAAUUGCGAAAUUCUAUAUUUACAGAGCGUUGAAGUCAUGUUCUUCUUUUUAGAAGCAUUUUUUUUCAUACUCGCUGGAAAUAUAGAAUUUCGCAAUUUUUUCGGGGUUUUAUGGGUUCAUGUGGACGGAAAAUAUACGAAAAUGGAGAAAAAAAUGGGAUUUUAUGUUGCAGAUAAAACACAUUAAAAAAAAUGUUUUUGUACUCUUGAAAUAUCCUUGAAACUACACCGAAAAGUUGGCUAUUGUGAGUUAUUUCCGUCCAUUCAAAAACAUCCUCGAAAACAAUCGAUUCUUUUGACUUUCUAAAGCAGGACCCCCUUAAUUUCGUAAUCCAGAAACUCAGUUGAUCCAAACUUUGGCUCAAUGCUUUUGGACCCCCAACAUUUUGGGUUGCGGAAACAUUGAAAUUCACUUGCAAAAGCCAAAGUGCACUUUGUCAGUGCGGUCUCUCGAUUGUCUCCACUACAAAAAAGUUCCCAUGGGCCUAAAUCUUAAUUGCUAAAGUGCAUAACAAAAGAAACGACCAGGCCUAAAAGGAGGCAGAAAAUAUUUGGCUGUUUUGAGUACGAUAAGUGAUUAGGAAAACGUGAAUUUUAAUAUUCCUCCACACGUUUUUCAGCUUAGUAUUCGCAUCGUUGUUUAGCAAUUGUUGAUGAUGUACGACGAAUGAUAUGAAGAGUGUUGAUGGGAGCUCAGAUCUCAUGUUGAUGGAUCCCAAAGUUCCUAAGACCAAAGUAACGUUACUUCGCAGAUUAUUUGUUUUUAUUUCCAAGUGAACUUUCCUUCGUCAUCGGUGGAUCGAAGCCUUUCACGAUCUCAAUAUUUUUCAUUCUUGCCAGACUCCAAAACCAAUGAGGAAAUUGUUUUCUGUUUGAAUGACCAAUGAUCACUUUUGCCUGCUUGAGGAAUGGAUGCUUUGCUACUCGACUUUGCUUUUGGAGAUUGUUGGGAGUCUUGGGAAGUGAGCUGUGGUUUUUUAGCGAAAACGAUGAUUAUCAAGAAAUUUUAAUAUUUUUACUUCACCUCUAACAUUAUAUAAAUCUAAGAUAUUUCUGAUAUGGUAAUCGAUGUAAUUAGAAAAAUAAAUGUGUCUCCAAGACUA